AUGGAUAUAGCUCUCCCUUUGAUAUUUCUCUUUUUAUAUUAUUCCUUUUUUUCCAUUCUUUUUUCCUUUAAAUUUAAGGAUUUCCUUUUCAUUCUAUGUUUCAUUCUAUUCCUUUCUACUCAAAUCCUUCCUUCCAUUUCAUUCCUCACUUAUCCUUCCUUCCAUUCCUUUCUUCUCCCAUCCUUCCUUCCAUUCUUUUCUUCUCCUGUCCUCCCUGUUUUCCUUCCUUCCUUCGGCCGUUCUUUCCUUUCCAAUCCCGUCUCUAGUUCCAUUCCAUCCUUCUCCCAUCCUUUCUUCCAUUCGAUUCUUCUCCUGUCCUCCCUGUUUUCCUUCCUUCCUUCGGCCGUUCUUUCCUUUCCAAUCCCGUCUCUAGUUCCAUUCCAUCCUCCUCCCAUCCUUCCUUCCAUUCGAUUCUUCUCCUGUCCUCCCUGUUUUCCUUCCUUCCUUCGGCCGUUAUUUCCUUUCCAAUCCCGUCUCUACCGUUCUUUCCUUUCCAAUCACGUCUCUAGUUCCAUUCCAUCCUUCUCCCAUCCUUUCUUCCAUUCGAUUCUUCUCCUGUCCUCCCUGUUUUCCUUCCUUCCUUCGGCUGUUCUUUCCUUUCCAAUCCCGUCUCUAGUUCCAUUCCAUCCUUCUCCCAUCCUUUCUUCCAUUCGAUUCUUCUCCUUUCCAUUCCAUCCUUCUCCCAUCCUUUCUUCCAUUCGAUUCUUUUCCUGUCCUCCCUGUUUUCCUUCCUUCCUUCGGCCGUUCUUUCCUUUCCAAUCCCGUCUCUAUUCCAUUCCAUCCUUCUCCCAUCCUUCCCCAUCCUUCCUUCCUUUGAUUCCUUCCUGUCCUUCCUUCCUUUUUCCAAUCACGUUUUCCAUCCUUCCCCAUCCUUUCUUCCAUUCUUUGUUUUCCUUCCUUUUCCACUUUCCUUCCAAUCCGUCUCAAUUCCAUCUUCUCCCAUCCGUCUCUUCCAGUUCCAUUCCAUCCUUCUCCCAUCCUUUCUUCCAUUCGAUUCUUCUCCUGUCCUCCCUGUUUUCCUUCCUUCCUUCGGCCGUUCUUUCCUUUUCCAAUCCCGUCUCUAGUUCCAUUCCAUCCUUCUCCCAUCCUUUCUUCCAUUCUCCUGUCCUCCCUGUUUUCCUUCCUUCCUUCGUCCUCCAAUCCGUCUCUAGUUCCAUUCCAUCCUUUCCAUUUCCUUCCAUUCGGCCUCCUGUCCUCCUUUUUCCUUUUCAAUCCCUUUCCAAUCCUGUUUCUAGUUCCAUUCCAUCCUUCUCCCAUCCUUUUUCCAUUCGAUUCUUCUCCUGUCCUCCUGUUUUCCUUCCUUCCUUCGGCCGUUCUUUCCUUUCCAAUCCCGUCUCUAGUUCCAUUCCAUCCUUCUCCCAUCCUUUCUUCCAUUCCUUCUCCUGUCCUCCCUCCUUCCUUCCUUCGGCCGUUCUUUCCUUUCCAAUCCGUCUUCUUCCAUUCCAUCCUUCCCCCAUCCUUUCUUCCAUUCCUUCUCCUGUCCUCCCUUUCCAUUCCAUCCUUCUCCCAUCCUUUCUUCCAUUCGAUUCUUCUCCUGUCCUCCCUGUUUUCCUUCCUUCCUUCGGCCGUUCUUUCCUUCCUCCGUCUCUAGUUCCAUUCCAUCCUUCUCCCAUCUUUCUUCCAUUCGAUUCUUCUCCCUGUCCUCCUUUUUCCUUCCUUCCUUCCCGUUCUUUCCUUUCCAAUCCCGUCUCUAGUUCCAUUCCAUCCUUCUCCCAUCCUUUUCCAUUCGAUUCUUCUCCUGUCCUCCCUGUUUUCCUUCCUUCCUUCGGCCGUUCUUUCCUUUCCAAUCCUGUCUCUAGUUCCAUUCGAUUCAUCCUUCUCCCAUCCUUCCUUCCAUUCGAUUCUUUCCUUUCCUCCCUGUUUUUCCAUCCUUCUUCCUUCCUUCCAUUCGAUUUCUUUCCUGUCCUCCUGUUUCUUUUCCUUUCCAAUCCCGUCUCUAGUUCCAUUCCAUCCUUCUCCCAUCCUUCCUUCCAUUCGAUUCUUCUCCUGUCCUCCUGUCCUCCCUUCCUUUUCCUUCCUUCCUUCCUGUUUCUAGUUCCAUUCCAUCUUUCCCAUCCUUUCCAAUCCCGUCUCUGUCCUCCCUGUUCCAUUCGGCCGUCCAUCCUUCCCCCAUCCUUUCUUCCAUCCUCCCUUCAGCCUUUCGUUCUUCCUGUCCUCCCUGUUUUCCCGUCCUUCCAUUCCAUCCUUCGGCCGUUCUUUCCUUUUUCCAAUCCUGUCUCUAGUUCCAUUCCAUCCUUCUCCCAUCCUUUCUUCCAUUCGAUUCUUCUCCUGUUUUCCCUGUUUUCCUUCCUUCCUUCGGCCGUUCUUUCCUUUCCAAUCCCGUCUCUAGUUCCAUUCCAUCCUUCUCCCAUCCUUUCUUCCAUUCGAUUCUUCUCCUGUCCUCCCUGUUUCCUUCCUUCCUUCGGCCGUUCUUUCCUUUCCAAUCCGUCUCUAGUUCCAUUCCAUCCUUCUCCAUCCUUUCUUCCAUUCGAUUCUUCUCCUUCCUCCCUUUUUCAUUCCUUCCUUCGGCCGUUCUUUCCUUUCCAAUCCGUCUCUAGUUCCAUUCCAUCCUUCUCCCAUCCUUUUCUUCCAUUCGAUUCUUCUCCUGUCCUCCCUGUUUUCCUUCCUUCCUUCGGCCGUUCUUUUCCUUUCCAAUCCGUCUCUAGUUCUUCAUUCCAUCCUUCUCCCAUCCUUUCUUCCAUUCGAUUCUUCUCCUGUCCUCCCUUUCCAUUCCAUCCUUCUCCCAUCCUUCCUUCCAUUCGAUUCUUCCAUCCUGUCCUCCCUGUUUUCCUUCCUUCCUUCGGCCGUUCUUUCCUUUCCAAUCCGUCUCUAGUUCCAUUCCAUCCUUCUCCAUCCUUCUUCCAUUCGAUUCCUUCCUCUUCCAUCCUUCCUUCUUCUCCUUUCCUUUUCCAAUCCCGUUUCCUCCUUCCUUCCUUUCUUCUCCUGUCCUCCCUGUUUUCCUUCCUUCCUUCGGCCAAUCCGUCUCUAGUUCCAUUCCAUCCUUCUCCAUCCUUUCUUCCAUUCGAUUCUUCUCCUGUCCUCCCUCCUUCCUUCCCGUUCUUUCCUUUCCAAUCCGUCUCUAGUUCAUUCCAUCCUUCUCCCAUCCUUUUCUUCCAUUCGAUUCUUCUCCUUUCCAUUCCAUCCUUCUCCCAUCCUUCCUUCCAUUCGAUUCUUCUCCUGUCCUCCCUGUUUUCCUUCCUUCCUUCAGCCGUUCUUUCCUUUCCAAUCCCGUCUCUAGUUCCAUUCCAUCCUUCUCCCAUCCUUUCUUCCAUUCGAUUCUUUCCCUGUCCUCCCUGUUUUCCUUCCUUCCUUCGGCCGUUCUUUCCUUUUUCCAAUCCCGUCUCUAGUUCCAUUCCAUCCUUCUCCCCAUCCUUUCUUCCAUUCGAUUCUUCUCCUGUCCUCCCUGUUUUCCUUCCUUCCUUCGGCUGUUCUUUCCUUUCCAAUCCUGUCUCUAGUUCCAUUCCAUCCUUCUCCCCAUCCUUUCUUCCAUCCGUCUCGAUUCUUCCAUCCUGUCCCUCCCUGUUUUCCUCCUUCCUUCGGCCGUUCUUUCCUUUCCAAUCCGUCUCUAGUUCCAUUCCAUCCUUCUCCCAUCCUUCCUUCCAUUCGAUUCUUCUCCCUGUCCUCCCUGUUUUCCUUCCUUCCUUCGGCCGUUCUUUCCUUUCCAAUCCUGUCUCUAGUUCCAUUCCAUCCUUCUCCCAUCCUUUCUUCCAUUCGAUUCUUCUCCUGUCCUCCCUGUUUUCCUUCCUUCCUUCGGCCGUUCUUUCCUUUCCAAUCCCGUCUCUAGUUCCAUUCCAUCCUUCUCCCAUCCUUUCUUCCAUUCGAUUCUUCUCCUGUCCUCCCUGUUUUCCUUCCUUCCUUCGGCCGUUCUUUCCUUUCCAAUCCGUCUCUAGUUCCAUUCCAUCCUUCUCCCAUCCUUUCUUCCAUUCUUCUUUUCCUGUCCUCCCCUGUUUUCCUUCCUUCCUUCGGGCCAUUCUUUCCUUUCCAAUCCUGUCUCUAGUUCCAUUCCAUCCUUCUCCCAUCCUUCCUUCCAUUCCUUCUCCUGUCCUCCCUUUUUCCUUCCUUCCUUCGGCCGUUCUUUUCCUUUCCAAUCCUGUCUCUAGUUCCAUUCCAUCCUCCCAUCUCCCAUCCUUUUCCUUCCAUUCGAUUUCUUUCCUGUCCUCCCUGUUUUCCUUCCUUCCUUCCAUUCGGCUUCUCUAUCACCUCCCUGUUUCUUUUCCUUCCUUUCCAAUCCUGUCUCUAGUUCCAUUCCAUCCUUCUCCCAUCCUUUUCUUCCAUUCGAUUCUUCUCCUGUCCUCCCUGUUUUCCUUCCUUCCUUCGGCCGUUCUUUUCCUUUCCAAUCCCUUCCAUUCCAUCCUUCUUUCUUCCAUCCUUCCUUCCUUCCAUUUUCCUUUCCUUCCUUCCAAUUCCUGUCCUCCCUGUUUUCCCAUCCUUUCUUCCAUUCCUUCUUCUCCUGUCCUCCCUUUUUUCCUUUCCAAUCCUGUUCUUCCUUUCCAUUCCAUCCUUCCCCCAUCCUUCCUUCCAUUCGAUUCUUUUCCUGUCCUCCUGUUUUCCCUCUUCCUUUUCUUUCCUUCCUUCCCGUUCUUUUCCUUCCAUCCAAUCCUUCGUCUUCUAGUUCCAUUCCCUCCUUCUCCCAUCCUUUCUUCCAUUCCAUUCCUUCUUCCAUUGUCCUCCCUGUUUUCCUUCCCUUCCUUCGGCCGUUCUUUUUCCAAUCCUCUAGUUCCAUUCCAUCCUUCCCUUCCUUCCAUUCGAUUCUUCUCCUGUCCUCCCUGUUUUCCUUCCUUCCUUCGUUUUUUUCCUUUCAUUCUCAGUUCCAUUCCAUCCUUCUCCCAUCCUUCCUUCCAUUCGAUUCUUCUCCUGUCCUCCCUGUUUUCCUUCCUUCCUUCGGCCGUUCUUUCCUUUUCCAAUCCCGUCUCUAGUUCCAUUCCAUCCUUCUCCCAUCCUUUCUUCCAUUCGAUUCUUCUCCUGUCCUCCCUGUUUUCCUUCCUUCCUUCGGCCGUUCUUUCCUUUCCAAUCCUCUCUAGUUCCAUUCCAUCCUUCUCCAUCCUUUCUUCCAUUCGAUUCUUCUCCUGUCCUCCCUGUUUUCCUUCCUUCCUUUUCCCUUUCCAAUCCUGUCUCUAUUCCAUUCCAUCCUUCUCCCAUCCUUUCCUUCCAUUCUUCUCUUCUUCCUGUCCUCCCCUUCCCAUUCCUUUCCUUCCGUUAGUUCCAUUCCAUCCUUCUCCCAUCCUUUUUCCUUUCUCCUGUCCUCCCUGUUUUCCUUCCUUCCUUCAGCCGUUCUUCUCUAGUUCCAUUCCAUCCUUCUCCUCCCAUCCUUCCUUCCAUUCGAUUCUUCUCCUGUCCUCCCUGUUUUCCUUCCUUCCUUCGGCCGUUCUUUCCUUUCCAAUCCCGUCUCUAGUUCCAUUCCAUCCUUCUCCCAUCCUUCCUUCCAUUCGAUUCUUCUCCUGUCCUCCCUGUUUUCCUUCCUUCCUUCGGCCGUUCUUUCCUUUCCAAUCCAUUCCAUCUCUAGUUCCAUUCCAUCCUUCUCUCCCAUCCUUUCCUUCCAUUCGAUUCUUUCUCCUGUCCUCCCUGGUUUUCCUUCCUUCCUUCCUUCCUUCAUUCGUUCUUUUCCUUUCCAAUCCUUUCCUUCCUAGUUCCAUUCCAUCCUUCUCCCAUCCUUUCUUCCAUUCGAUUCUUCUCCUGUCCUCCCUGUUUUCCUUCCUUCCUUCAGCCGUUCUUUUUCCUUUCCAAUCCUGUCCAUCUAGUUCCAUUCCAUCCUUCUCCUCCCAUCCUUCCUUCCUUCCAUUCGAUUCUUUUUCCUGUCCUCCCUUCUCCCAUUUCCAUUCCAUCCUUCUCCCAUCCUUUCCUUCCAUUCGAUUCUUCUCCUGUCCUCCCUGUUUUCCUUCCUUCCUUCGGCCGUUCUUUUUUCUUUCCAAUCCGUCUCUAGUUCCAUUCCAUCCUUCUCCCAUCCUUUCCUUCCAUUCGAUUCUUCUCCUGUCCUCCCUGUUUUCCUUCCUUCCUUCGGCCUUCCAUUUCAUCCUUCUCCCAUCCUUCCUUCCAUUUUAUUCUUCUCCUGUCCUCCCUGUUUUCCUUCCUUCCUUCGGCCGUUCUUUCCUUUCCAAUCCAGUCUCUAGUUCCAUUCCAUCCUUCUCCCAUCCUUCCUUCCAUUUGAUUCUUCGCCCAUCCUUCGUUCGAUUACGUUCCUUCCUUUCAUUCCUUUCUUCUCUCAUCAUUACUCUCAAUUUUCGUCUGCCAUCUUUCAUCCUAUUCCAUUCUCGCAUCCUUCCUUCCAUUCCAGUCUUCGACCAUCCCCUCUUUCAUUACUUUCCACGCAUCCUUCCUUCAAUAUCAUUCUAG